AUGGUGUUGGUGGUAACCCCAGGUGAAGUGGGAGCAGAUGCAGAAGGUGCAGAGGUUGUUGCAUCAGGGGCGCUAGUGGUAAUCCCUGCUGAAGAGACGGUGGUACCCCCUGGAGAAGGGUGGGCAUAUGCAGAAGGAGAGGAGGACUAUUCCGCAUCAGGGCGAGCACCACUGCUGCUGUGCGCACCACCUGGAGGAGCAGUUCGUGGUCAGGUGGAUGAUCAGGUUGAUGUUCAGGAGAAAAGCCAGGAGGAAACAACAGAAGCUGGUCUGGGUGAACAGAAUUCUGCUUCUGGUAGAGCUUGUGAGGUAGGCGGUUCGUCUGUCCCCGAACCUGCUGCCGAACCUCUUGCUUCUGUCCCCGAACCUGCUGCUGGUGCUGAACCUCCGGCAGCUGCCACCGAACCUGCUGCUUUUCCUUCUGCGACUGCUUCCGAGCCUCCCACCGACCCUUCUUUUCUAUCUCCUGCUGACGUGGCAGCAGUUAGAAUCGCCAUGCAGGCCAACCGUCGCUGCCAGCUGGCGCUCCACGAUUUGCUGGCAGCUGUGGAGGCUCGGGAGGGGCAGGCUCGGGAGCUGCUUCGGCGCGUCAGAACCGUGGCUGGCAAUUUGGAGGCUUCCUCGCGCGACAUGCCUGUGAAUGAGGAUCAGGGGGUGUUUGAGCGGUUGAGAGGGGUGAUGCCGCUGGUGUUUCGCGGGAGGAAGUGGGGGAAGGGGGAAGUGGGCGCGUUGCGGGAGGGGGUGGAACAGCAGGUGGUGCAGGGGAUGAUCGAGGAGGCGGUGAGGGAACGACCAGAAAUUACUCUGGAUAGGUCUCUCCUCCAGCGCACUAUAGCAGAGAUCAAAUCCCGCCAGCUCACACCAGAGGCCAUGCGUGCUGCCGUGGCGCGUGUUGAUUGGUCGACAGUGGCCGCUGCGUUUGUGAAUCCGGCCAAUAGGAGCAUCGGACGAGGGCUGCACCUCAGGCGCACGGCGCUGGAGUGCAAAUUGAGCUGGCAGCAUCAUCUGCGCCACGUCAGCAGGGCCGCGUGGACGCCCGAGGAGAACGACAGGCUGCGAUUGGCUGUGGGCGUGUUCGGCACGCCCCAUUGGAGGAGAAUCGCAGCCCUGGUGCCGAACCGCACCGAGGUGCAGGUUCGGGAGCGCUGGUGCAACGUGCUCGACCCGAACCUGAGGUUCGGGCCGUGGUCCGGCGAGGAGGUUCGGCGGCUGGAGGAGGCUGUGGGGAGGUUCGGCGUGGGGAAUUGGACGAACGUGGCUGUUGCUUGCUGGCCGAGAACAGACUGCCAGUGCAAGAGGCAAUGGCUCAGGAUGCAUCCAAAAGGAGGGCGGCAGAAGACACGGAGGCUAGGGGAUGCAACAGGCGAAGCAGAUGGAGCGGUGGGUGCAGUGGCAGCAACAGGUGCAGUCACACCAUCACAUGCAGUCACACCAUCACAUGCAGUCACACCAUCACAUGCAGUCACACCACCACAUGCAGUCGCACCACCACAUGCAGUCGCACCACCACAUGCAGUGGAAGGAGGGGAGCAAGAGGAGCGAGGGGGACAGGAAGGAGGAGGGGAGCAAGAGGAGCGAGGGGGGCAGGAAGGAGGAGAGGAGCAAGCGGAGCGAGGGGAACAGGAAAGAGAGGAACAAGAAGAGAGAGGGGAAGAGGAAGGAGGGGAGGAGCAAGAGCAGCGAGGAGAGGAUCAGGAGGGCAGGGGUGGGCUGGGAGAUCUCGAUGGGGGAUUCACAGGUGGAGGAGGAGGACUGGAGCUAAGGGAGGAAGGAGAAGAGCAAGGGGAGCAAAGGAUUGAAGUGAGAGUGGAGGAGGCUGGAAGAGGAGGAGGCCGGGCAGAAGAAAGCUUUCUUGGCGAAAUACAGGUCGAAAUCUCCGUACGAGAUGCUCUUAAUUCUGGUUAUGAGACGGUCUUGGAUGCUCCUGGUUCUGAGAUGCCUCAAGUCACCGAACCAGAGGCUAGGGCUGGAAACGGGCCAGAGGCUGGGAAUGGGGCGUUUCAAAGCUCGAACCUAGAGGCUAGGGAUGGAAAUACACCAGAGCCAAUGGUGCGGUGGAGUGCGGUGCAGAUGGUGCCAGCAGCGGUGAUGCUGGUGCCAGUGCUGUUGCUGAUUCUUCUGCAGUAG